AUGUUUUCUCCACAAAUUGAAUGGUAUUGUGCUCAAUGUGAAUCUGUUCCAACUGAUCGUCGAAAAUAUUGUGCUGAUUGUGAUUCGAUGCUAACUUGGACAUGUACUGGUUCGGGAAAAUCUGGUUUGUACACCAAUUAUUAUCGUCAUCGUGACAACUGUAAUUAUUGUACACCAGAACUUGAAGAAGAAAGACAAAAAAAAUUGGAAGAGAAGAAAGUUGCUAAUCAGCAACAUUUUCAAAUUUUAGAUGAUAAUCAACGUCCAUGGUCAGAAUGGAAACGUACUGAUGCAUCUUGCAUACAGCAUACUGGGCAUGACGUUGAACAAGUACACGAAUUAUAUUCUAUGUAUGAAGAACCAUUAAUAAAUUAUUGUUCUCAUAGAAACAAGUUACAUGUGAGCAGUGCCACCACAUCCUAUUUAUCUCCUAUGAAUUUGCUUGUGGUUACAUUAUGGUAUUUUAAACAUUAUCAUUCUGAACCCUACAUUGCUUCAGAAUUGAAUUUUACUCAUCAAGGGGUGAACUAUUUCUUAACAGCAGUAGUGGAUAUUUUACAUUCGUUUGUAUAUCCAGCAUUCGUUUCUUUACCUGCUGAUCUACCUAACAGAAGAACAUCACAUGGACCUCAACAACAUCAUAAAUUAAUUGUUGACUCGACUUUUAUUGCAAUUCCUGAACCACAUGAUUCAGAACAACGUAAAAAAUAUUAUCAUGCAAAAAGUCCAACAAAUUAUGCAAUAAAAGUACAAAUAGCUUGUGAUUUUCGUCAUCGAAUAGUGCAUGUAUCUGAAUGUUACCAUGGAAGUAAACAUGAUAUUACAGUUCUUCGAGAAUCAGGUCUAUUAGAACAUGUUGAAGAGUCUGUACAAAUUAUUGGUGACAAGGCGUAUAUCGGUGAAGAAUAUGUAGUCACUCCAAGAAAGAAACCUCAUGGACGUGAAUUAACACAAGAAGACAAAGAUUUCAAUCGCGAUAUUAAUAGUGCAAGAGCAGCGAUUGAAAAUAUUAAUCAACGUCUCAAAAGUUAUGCUAUUCUUGGUGAUGUUUACAGAGGAUCUGUUCAUGAUUCUCAUAAAAUAACUAAAAUCAUACAGGAUGAACUCUAUAAAAUGGCUAAAACGACAAAUAAUACUAAAUUAUGUCACGAUUUUCUUGUGAACUAUUUAGAAAAUUUGAAAAAACAAAUAAAUCAAUGUGAAUUACAAUUAAAUGAACAAUGCCAAUCGUGCCCACUGACAAGUUUGACUUUAGCUCAAAUUGACCAUUGUUUGAAAGAAUAUGUUCGUAGCGAAAGAAGUUAUCUAUCAAUGAGAAAUAAUGACCAAUUAAUUAAAUUUAAAGAUUAUAUUCAUGAAAAAGAUGUCCUUAAAACAAUUAACACUUUUGAAUUAAGCAUAAAUUUGAAUGAAUAUUUAAAUAAAUUAAUAACCAUACGAGAACAACAAAGUGAAAUUUGGAAAGAUUAUCUUAUGUUACAAAUGCGAAUUCUAUGUAAAUUUUUACCACAAAACUUUGAUCAUUUAGAAAAUUUUAUUGGGCAUAUAAAUUAUUUACCAUUGAACAAUACUCAAAAUAGUAUUGAAAUAAAAAAUAAACGUUAUAAACUUAUACAAGAAGCAAAACGUACUUGGUUAAAUAUUUUUUUCAAUGUUUAUGAAUACAAACUACAAAAAUAUGAGCAACAAUAUGAAAAUGAAUUUAAACAACUAGAAAUACAACUAUUCAAUAUUAAUAUUACAAACGAAGGCGUAUCUAUUUUGAAUAAGUUUAAAGAAUAUAUAAUUUAUCGAACAAAUCGAUUAAAACAAGAUAUCUCUAAUAAAAUAUCAUCUUCUCGAGGUAUAUUACUUCAAAAUCGUCACCGUUCAUCAUCAGCUAAAAAUAUGAUUGGUGUAUCACCUGAACCAUAUCUAGAUCUUAUUGACAAUCCAUUCAAUACAUUACAAUGGAAUCAACUUUCACUUGGUCCAUCUUAUAUAAGAUUAAAUCAAAGUGCUAUUCGUCCAAAAAAACAACAACUAAAAGAACUAGAAAAGGAACAUAAAGAGAUUUAUCAGAAAGUUGAAUUGAAUCUAAUUAAAAAUCAAGGUAUUCCAUUGACAGCAUCAAUUUUCAAACAAUAUUCAACAAAUCUUCUUAAUUCUCUUCGUCAUUAUUAUUUGACUCCAUUAUCAUAUAAAGAUCAAAUAGAAACUCAACAACAAGCACAUAUUGCUACAUCAAUUCGAAUGUUAAUUAAAGAAAAAAAUCUAAUUAUACGUCUUACUGAUAACGGUCAUAAUUUUUAUAUUGGUUCAGCAACUGAAUUUGAAAAAAAAGCACAAAAAUUUUUCUCUGAUACAAAUGCUUUUAUAGAAUUAUCUGACAAUCCAUUUAAUGAUAUUACAAAUAAAGUUAUUCAAUUACUUAAUAGACUUCGUGGACAACAUCUUAUUCGCAAAUGGCAAUAUGAACAAAUGAUGCCUGAUCGAACAAAAUGUGAAUUAGCACAUUUAUAUUUUAAUCCAAAAACACAUAAAGAUAAUAUACCUGUUCGACCGAUUGAAAAUACUAUUCAUGCUCCAACAACAAAUAUUUCAAAAUUUUUAGAUCAAAUAUUACAACCUAUAUUCAAUGAUAAAUGUAAAGAAACAAAUAUUAUUGAUGGUGCUUCUUUAAUUGAAGGACUUCAUAAAUAUAUUCGAAAGUGUUUCUUUAAAUCAUCAACUCUGUUUUGUACAUUUGAUAUUCAUAAUUUAUAUACAAUGUUACCACAAGAAGAAUCAAUUAAAAUACUUGGUGAAUUUCUUCAAGUGCAUGGAUAUACAAAAGUCAAAGGGAUUGAUCUGACUACAAUAAAAGAAUUAGCAUCGAUUGUACUACAAGAAAAUGUUUUUGUCUAUGAUAAAAAAAUUUAUAACCAAACAACUGGUGGAGCAAUGGGUUCAUCCUUUACAUUAACUCUAGCCAAUAUUUUUAUGUGGAAAUGGCAAAAAGAAUUUGUUCGUCAACAAAAUAUAACAAAUGAAUUUUAUGGCAGAUAUAUUGAUGAUGUUUUUAUGACAUGGAAUAGAUCUGAAAAAGAGCUACAAAAAUUAUUAGAUGAUGCAAAUCAAUGGCAUUCAAAUAUCAAGUUAGAUUAUAAAAUUGAUAAAAGUCUUCCUUUUCUCGAUGUACUUCUUACCAAUAAUAAUGGUAUUUUAUCAACAUCUGUCUAUCAUAAACCAGCAGCUGAACCAUAUGUUACACCAUUUUUGUCUGAUCAUCCUCGUCAUGUCUUUAAAAAUAUUAUACAAAAUGCACUUACAAAGGCUGUUCGAUAUUCAUCUACAUAUCAAGUUUUUCAACAUGAACAACGUCUCAUUAGAUUAAUGUUAUUAUUUAAUGGUUAUUCAUCUUCAUUUAUUGAGAAACAAUUUGACAAAUUUUUCGUCGAAAAUAUGUCUUCAACAACAACAUUUUUAUCCAUUAGUACAGAUGAAAAACAAUUUAAGCGAAUACGUGAAAACAUUCUAAGAAAACCAACACAACAACAGUCACAAGUCGCUUUAAGUGUUGCUACAGCCGGUCUUCAAAAUGAUGCUACAGACAAAAACUUACUUCAAAGAACAAACAUAGCCAAUGAACCAGAGAAACAAGAUACUAAAUUUGAGAAAAAAAUUAUUGUUCACUAUACACAUGAAAAGCGUCUCCAUUCUUUUAAACGUUAUAUGCAUCAAAUACUCGAUCAUACAUUUCAAAAGGAAAUAGACGAAGAUAUUAAACUUAUUGUUGGCAAUCGAAAUCGUCGCGAUGCCGCAAAGGAACUCAUACGUAAACGGCCUAAACAAUCAUUAUUAAUGAAUAAAAUUCCAAAAAAACGAAAAAAAACAUCGGAACAAAGACCAACAACCGAUCAUGUGGCACAAACAAAAUAA